AAAAUUUAAAAAAAAUAAAGAUACGAAUAAUAAAGUUUUAAUCUUAUAGUCCCCAGGGUGAUCAUAUUAUCAAAAUGAGGGAAAGGAAUUUUGGAGGGAAGGGACACCUGGUAAAGAGAUUAAUAGGAUAAUCUCAUAAAGUAGGGUAUUUAAUUACCCCGUCUGAGGCAUUAUAAAAAGGAGUCAAAAGGAAAUGGUGCAAACGCGUGACCGUGAGCAGAGAGCUGGGACUGUAGAGUAUCACAGAGCUUACCAUCUCUGCACAGAUGUUAGAGAACAAACACUAUGACACAGCAUACAUUGACGAUAUCAAAAUCCUAAAAUUAAAAACGACUGGUUUCUCCUGUUGUUGGGGUUCUAGGGAGGCAGAGUAAUAACUUGAGUUUAUGUUUCAUAUACUCAGUAAGAGUCAUAUGUUAUUUUCUUGACUUAUAUAGCCCCUUUCCCUUGUUGAGCUUUUACAUUAGAGAAAGAGAAUGAAGACUCAAACCUUUUUGGUUGGCUUUUAUUUUAAUUGAAGCGAAUCAAGAUCUGAAGUCUAGGUUGCCACUUACUGGAGGGUGGUGAUCAGUUUUCCUAAUGUGGUACAGGGGCCUCUUGUAUACAAGUCAUUGGAGUUGUGUGCAAAUGGGCACCUUACUGGGAUGCUAACCCUCAACUUGCUGAAUCAGAAAGCUGGGAACUCGGGAACUGCAGGGAUGGCCCGCACUAUGGAACCACUGGCAAAGAAGAUCUUUAAAGGAGUUUUAGUAGUUGAACUUGUGGGCGUUUUUGGAGCAUAUUUUUUGUUUAAUAAGAUGAACACAAGUCAAGAUUUCAGGCAAACAAUGAGCAAAAAAUUCCCCUUCAUCUUGGAAGUUUAUUACAAAUCCAUUGAACAGUCUGGAAUGUAUGGAGUCAGAGAGCAAGAUCAAGAAAAAUGGCUGAAUAGCAAAAAUUAAGAGUAAGUACAAUUUUAACAUAGUUUAUUUAGAAAACAAUCAAUUUCUUUGCUUUUUAAUUUUCUGAGUGGUUUUUGGCCUCUUCUUUUUGAAAUUUUUCUUUUUCUUGAUGAUACUUUUUACAUCUCUGUUGUGUAGCCAGUCAUCACGUUCAGCCUCCCAUCUAAGCUGUUUGAGACCUUUGUGGGGAAGAAGAAAGAUGAACACACCAUGUUGUAGACUCCUGGCCCCACAGAACAAAACAGGAACUUCUGGUCUGCUAUGGCUUAGUCAUUUCCCAUCCACUAUGCAAAUCCCCUGCUCUUGUUUGUUGCUUUCCUUCUGCAUUUAUUGUUACAGAUUACUGUUUAACAAAUAAAAGACUAGGUCAACAAAGGAA